AUGGUUAAUUCCACUGAAUCUAAAAGUUUUACUGAAUCUAAAUGUUUCACUGAAUCUAAAGGUUUCACUGAAUCUAAAAGUUACACUGAAUCUAAAAGUUACACUGAAUCUAAAAGCUCCACUGAAUCUAAAAGUUAUACUGAAUCUAAAAGUUAUAUUGAAUCUAAAAGUUCCACUGAAUCUAAAAGUUCCACUGAAUCUAAAAGUUACAUUGAAUCUAACAGUUACACUGAAUCUAAAAGUUACAUUGAAUCUAAAAGUUACACUGAAUCUAAAAGUUACAUUGAAUCUAACAGUUACACUGAAUCUAAAAGUUACAUUGAAUCUAAAAGUUACACUGAAUCUAAAAGUUACAUUGAAUCUAACAGUUACACUGAAUCUAAAAGUUACAUUGAAUCUAAAAGUUACACUGAAUCUAAAAGUUACAUUGAAUCUAAAAGUUACACUGAAUCUAAAAGUUCCACUGAAUCUAAAAGUUCCACUGAAUCUAAAAGUUACAUUGAAUCUAAAAGUUACACUGAAUCUAAAAGUUCCACUGAAUCUAAAAGUUACACUGAAUCUAAAAGUUCCACUGAAUCUAAAAGUUACACUGAAUCUAAAAGUUACACUGAAUCUAAAAGUUACACUGAAUCUAAAAGUUCCACUGAAUCUAAAAGUUACACUGAAUCUAAAAGUUACACUGAAUCUAAAAGUUACACUGAAUCUAAAAGUUACACUGAAUCUAAAAGUUACACUGAAUCUAAAAGUUACACGGAAUCUAGAAGUUAA